ACGCACCCCGUAGAAGACCCCCGCCCGUGCCCCGACCGGUCCCCGCCUUUUUGUAAAACUUAAAGCGGGCGCAGCAUUAACGCUUCCGCCCCGGUGACCUCUCAGGGGUCUCCCCGCCAAAGGUGCUCCGCCGCUAAGGAACAUGGCGAAGAUGGAGCAGGUCCUGAGCCUUGAGCCGCAGCACGAGCUCAAAUUCCGAGGUCCCUUCACCGAUGUUGUCACCACCAACCUAAAGCUUGGCAACCCGACAGACCGAAAUGUGUGUUUUAAGGUGAAGACUGCAGCACCAAGUAGGUACUGUGUGAGGCCCAACAGCGGAAUCAUCGAUGCAGGGGCGUCAAUUAAUGUAUCUGUGAUGUUACAGCCUUUCGAUUAUGAUCCCAGUGAGAAAAGUAAACACAAGUUUAUGGUUCAGUCUAUGUUUGCUCCAACUGACACUUCAGAUAUGGAAGCAGUAUGGAAGGAGGCAAAACCAGAAGACCUUAUGGAUUCAAAACUUAGAUGUGUGUUUGAAUUGCCAGCAGAGAAUGAUAAACCACAUGAUGUAGAAAUAAAUAAAAUUAUAUCCACAACUGCAUCAAAGACAGAAACACCAAUAGUGUCUAAGUCUCUGAGUUCUUCUUUGGAUGACACCGAAGUUAAGAAGGUUAUGGAAGAAUGUAAGAUGCUGCAAGGUGAAAUUCAGAGGCUACGGGAGGAGAACAAGCAGUUCAAGGAAGAAGAUGGACUGCAGAUGAGGAAGACAGUGCAGAGCAACAGCCCCAUUUCAGCAUUAACCCCAACUGGGAAGGAAGAAGGCCUUAGCACCUGGCUCUUGGCUCUGGUGGUUUUGUUCUUUAUCGUUGGUGUAAUUAUUGGGAAGAUUGCCUUGUAGAGGUGGCAUGCACAGGAUGGUAAAUUGGACUGAUG